AUGGACGUGAAGUGGACAGCGACGGCGUUGGCUGGAGGCGGCAGGGGAGUGCGGCGCAGACGUGAUGCGCCGCUAGGGUUUGGCCAGGCUGGGGCACACGUGCUGCCGCGGCGCAACGUCGGGCCGGCAGAGCCGGGAAGAGGGUGGAGCGCCGUCGCUAGUAGAGGCGGAGCGCCUCAUCAAGUGGAGGCCGACAGGGUGGAGCUGCAGCAUCGCGGCGUCCGCGGCGGCGGCGCGACGUCGGUCGAAGCGGCGGCGGCGCGACGUCGGGGAGGGAGAAGGGGUCGUGGAGGGCGGUGGCGGCGCGUCGUCGCCGGCGGCGGCGCCGGAGGCAGCUGCGGCGUUCUGCGGGGUGGGAGAGACGGAGGUGGGAGGAGAAGUGCCGGGUAG